AUGAGCAGCGUCCAGGUGUCCCAGUCUUUCCAAGUGGCCCAGCUCCUCCUCCUCGUCUUCACGGUCUCCACCAUCUUCCACCUGCAGCAGCGGCUGGCAAGGGUCCAGCACACCUGGGAAGGCCCCAUGCCCAGGCUGCUGCCAGAGCCCACUCCGCCCUCGGUCGUGAGGCCGACGCAGCCGACGCAUCCCCGGCUGGAGGGCAUGUGGACCGUCAACGCCAUCGGUCGUCUGGGGAACCAGAUGGGCGAAUAUGCCACGCUCUACGCCCUGGCCAAGAUGAACGGGAGGCCCGCCUACAUCCCCGCACAGAUGCACAACACGCUGGCCCCCAUCUUCCGCAUCAGCCUCCCGGUCCUGCACAGCAGCACGGCCAGCCAAGUGCCCUGGCGGGACUACCACCUCAACGACUGGAUGGAGGAGCGCUACCGCCACAUCCCGGGGCCCUACGUGCGCCUCACUGGCUACCCCUGCUCCUGGACCUUCUACCACCACCUGCGCCACGAGAUCCUGCAGGAGUUCACGCUGCACGACCACGUGCGCGAGGAGGCCCAGGCCUUCCUGCGGGGGCUGCGGCGGCAGGGGAGCCGGCCCGGCACCUUCGUGGGUGUGCACGUGCGCCGCGGGGACUACGUGCGCGUCAUGCCACAGGUGUGGCGGGGCGUGGUGGCCGACCGCGCCUACCUGGAGCAGGCGCUGGGCUGGUUCCGGGCGCGCUACUCCGAUGCCAUCUUCGUGGUCACCAGCAAUGGCAUGGCGUGGUGCCGGGAGAACAUCGACACCUCCCGCGGGGACGUGGUGUUUGCUGGCGACGGCAUCGAGGGUUCACCCGCCAAGGACUUUGCCCUGCUCACGCAAUGCAACCACACGAUCAUGACCAUCGGCACCUUCGGGAUCUGGGCUGCCUACCUGGCGGGUGGGGACACGGUCUAUCUGGCCAACUACACACUGCCUGACUCGCCUUUCCUCAAGAUCUUCAAGCCAGAGGCGGCCUUCCUGCCGGAGUGGGUGGGCAUCCCUGCGGACCUGUCCCCGCUGCUGCAGCAGCACUGA